AUGGAGCUAGAUAUUAAGACGAGUAAUAUUUUGUUGGAUUUGAACUUCAAUGCUAAGCUAGGAGACUUUGGGCUCGCCAGGCUUGUCGAUCAUGAGAAAGGAUCUCAAACCACGAACUUGGCAGGAACCAUGGGCUACAUGGCUCCUGAGUCUUGCAUAACAGGCUGCUCUGCCAGUCCUGCCGUCGGAGAUGCCGUGGCGACGUACAUGGAUCCUUUUAUGGCUAGAUUCACUUAUGUUUCUGAAAGUAACAAUAGUCACAACUGUCAUUCAUCCAUCCUCUCUGCAUCCCCUUUUGCCCUUCUGCUUCCUCGUCGAGGACUCCGCUUUAAGACAGAUUGA